UGCCGCUAACAGCGAGGAGCGCUGAGUGAGCGAACUAGACCCGGUGUUUGGGUCUCAGCACACCUGUUCUUUCACCUCCAGUCAGUCAGUCUGAAACGCUUCUCCCUGAAGCACACCUUGCCAUGCUUUUCCCACUGUUGCUCAUCUCUGCAAAGGCAUUCGAUGGUUGUAGGCUGCCAUACUGUUUCGAAAUCCCCUUCAGCUUGACGGCAAGAGCAGUGCUCAAGAACUUCCUUCACCUUCAGUGGAACCAACAGCAUAACUAACGGUGCCGAUCGCUGGAUGACUUUGAGAACUUCACCGCAUGGAACCACGCUCAGUCCGCUGUCUUACCUCGCAGAGGAGUGCCAGCUUAUAACAUCAUAAACGCUAUUUUACGUGUUUCUGAUAUAUUGGUCCGUGAAAAUUGAACAUUUCAUUACUAAUGCGUUGUAGGGCAACGGAAAUGCGUAACGUGGUGAUAGUCAAUUCUACUCUUGAAAAGUUGUUAUAGCUUAUAAGACUUCGCAGAGGAAAAAAAUGGAUAAAGUGAGGCAUUCUCUGAAAACUGUGCAUUGCGACUGCAUCAGGCAACAAAACAUUAAGGCAGAAAUCAGCGAAUAUUAAACCCCUUUAAGUGCGUCAUGGCAACAGGUCUUGUGUUUUGACAUCUCCGAGUGUGUACCACGUGCCAGGCAUCCACAACCCUGUCCAUACAAGGGAAGAGAGAGAGAGAGAGAUAAGAAUUACCGGAAAUUUAUGUGAACCUUAUUAUCUGACGAGCUGCUGUGUCUUAUUGUUGUGAUUUUUUCUAUAAUGAUCGUUGCUUCUUUGCAUCGACCGCCUUCAGAGUCAAGUGUUAGAAAUCUCAUCACUCAUUGAAAUUAAAAACAAUAGUAAAUAUCUUCUUUUUUUUUAAGAUUGAAAAGAAAUUCAUGUGCCUUGCUUCAAGAAUAUUUUUGAUUGAGGACAUUGACUUGGAAUGUUUGAAUGAAGCAGUGCAAGUACUGAAAACGGCAGUUAGUGACACUGGUACUGGGGCCAUGGAUAAAAGCGUAUACGCUCAGCUUACCUCGGGUUUUACACGUCGGUGUGUUUGCCAGUGAAUAUAUGUGAAUUGUAAAGGUAAAACAGAAAAGUUAUGUAAAAUAUCAAACAAAUGGAUUUUGGAAAUGCGUCCCCUCGUGUUUUCUGUUGGAACUGUAAUAUAUUGCAGCCAAGAACUCAUUUGCAAACAUUUGAGUUGUACUCUGGGCAAGAAUAUUAUGUAAGUGUUAAAGUCACCGAUGCCUUAUUGGGAUAAAGGGCGCCUGGCCAAUGUUGGGCAACUUUACAGAGAGAGCAAAGUUGUUCAGAGGACUUGAAAAAUGUGGAUGGGGGCCUGAGAUGUUUUUUUUUUUCCUUUUUUUAUUUUGUCAUAACAGGAAAUGUGUUGGGAUAAGCCUUAUCACGUGGGCUUAACGGUUAGAAAAGUCUCCGUACGAUUGGUUGGCGCUUUUCAAAAAGGAUUUUGAAAACAAAUUUUAUUUUGAGCGGAAAACUUGGUGAAGCAAUACGGGAGGGGAUUGCUUAAACAAAAAUGUGUUGUGUCUUUCUGUUUGUCAGCGCUAUUUUAAUACGUUGGUGACAAAAUUCAGCAAACAAUAUACGAAAGACUGGAGAACACAAAAGCAGAGAAGGUGCCAAUGCAGAAAUUUGUUUUGAACUUGGCUUGAAAUUGACUGGACGGCUUAGUGAUCAUAGUUGACUGCAGUGCUGCCUCAGAACUCGUGCCUGUGAUGAUUGGGAAAGCAACUCGGUGAUUAAGAAACAAUGUUUAAGCAAAAUGAAAAGCUAAGUUCUUGAAAACCAUAAGAACCUCACCAUUGAUAGCUUAAACGUUGUUUCUCUACGAUUUUAAAUCGGUCCUGUAUCUGACGAAGUAACCCGAACCGAAUCAAGGCGUGUGACGGAGGAGGGGUGUAGGAAUCAAGAUGUCAGUUUCCGUCGUGUUAGAUAUGUUCCUGGACGAGGAGAUGGGCGUCUCCGAGGGGAUGGCUUCCGACAUUAGUUACUCUCCCAUUCAUCAGCCGUCCUCGCCCUUGCCCACAUUCUCUACAUUCUCCAACUUGCUUUCAGCAGCAACUUCUGACCUUGUAGAUGGUGACUUUACAUCAGGUGUUGAGACCCAGGCAGCCCUUGAUAGUUUCAUGCAGGAGAUGGGACUUGCCUCUUUGCCUGCAGAUGUUUCCGAGUCCAGCAGUGAUGAUGAUCUCAUCAGUAAACUGUCUAGUGAUCUGGAGAUGCCACUUCCCCUUGAUGGGUUUGAACCAGUAUCUUCAUGGUCACCAGAUUCGAAAAACAUCUUAGACAAUUUUCCCAACAGUGAUAUUACAUCAGUAAUGAAGUCAGAAGGUGACUUCUCAGCAGAGGAGCUUUCCAGAGUUUUCUACCCAAACAUGGAAUGCAGUGAUGGAAAUGACACAGGAUUAGUCAACACCAGAGUAGAGCACAAGGUGAAACAGGAACCUCAGUCACCUCGAGGCGUCCUUCAAAUGCCACCCUCUCCAGAUGACAGUCAUGAUAUUUGGGAACUUCUCUGUGAUACAGACAUAAAACCAAAUCUCAAGGCUCUUAUAACUCCUCCAGUAACACCGCCACAGAAUGAGGGUUCUCCUCCCAACAGUCCUCAACCUCCAUCACCAGUUAGUUCUUCAGCCACUAUCAUGUUGUCUCAGCCUUCCUCACGAAUAAAUCAAGGUGUAAUAAAGAGUUCAGCAAAUCAAAUGUCUCAACCCAUCAAAGUCCUAACUGUAACAACUAGGAAUGGUGCUACAGUUCAGGGAUCAAUGAAAACUGGUCGCAUUACCAAAACCAUGAAAAUUCAACCAAAGGUUGUCACAAAUAAUACAUCACAGCCUCAAGUCAUAAGCAUUGUUAAUUCUUCAAAUGGACAGAAAAUUACUAUACCCAAAUCAGUUAUGACUACUAGAAGUUUACCUACCACGGGUGCCAGAGUUGUUCAGCUGAAACCUCCACCAACACCCACAAGAGUGACAACCUCAUCAGCUAUUUCAAAUCCUAUUCCCUCCAUCCUUACAACUCAGAUUGGUAGUGCUUCAACAGUGCUAACAAAUCCAUCCCCAGCGACAACCCCAUUGACACCACUAGCUCCAGCUCUUACACCUGGAAUGAAGCAGGGUAAUAUUCCAGAUUUGAAAGCUCUCAAGAGACAGCAACGAAUGAUAAAAAAUAGAGAGUCUGCAAGUUUAUCCAGAAAGAAGAAGAAAGAAUAUGUUACUGCUCUUGAAACAAAUAUCAGCGCACUUAAAAAUGAGAACCAGAAAUUAAAAGAGGAAAAUAUCCGCCUUCAACAGAGAAUUACUACUCUUGAAUCAGAGUGUACUUCUUUAAGGCAAGCUGUUGGUAGAAACCCAAGCAGAAAGACCACUACAGCUUUGUUUGCUCUCAUCUUCCUUUUAUCACUUAAUUUAGGGCCAUUAACGGGUAUCCUUUUAAGUAGUGGGUCAAGAUUAACAUCUCUGAAGACUAUGAUGCAAGGCAGUGAGCCAUCGAGUAUUACAUCUGGAUUCAAACAUAGAUCCCUUCUGUGGUCAGAAGACAAUGUUGCAACUGCUGAUGAUGGAGUUUCAUCACAGUUUGGAUCAAAUGGAUCAUACAUGUGCCCAAUGUACAUUAAUGCAUCUGAAAGUUUAAGGUUAGAGACGGAACUUCGUGGAUUGUUUGAGAAUAAGCUUGAAGCAUCAAAAUUAGAUAAGAAAAAAGAUAGAGUCCUUACAUCCCAUCCGAAGACUAAGGUUGGAAGAAGUGUUGCUGCAAAAUAUGAAAGUAAUGCUGGAGCAAAGCCAGAAUCUCUUAGCAGUAACUGGCGGGCAUUAGCUCCACCUGCUAACAUUAAGCUUUCACCAAAACUGUAUCGUUAUGUACAUCCAGAAAUACUUCAAGUUGAACCAUCUACAAGUAAUGAAGAAAACACUUCUGUUAUGGCAACGAUGCCUCGCCUAAGUUCCUUCCUGGAAGCAAUUCAGCGUCGGGACGACACAUACUAUGUGGUAUCAUUUUCUCCCGAUCAUCUCUUAGUUCCUGCUACAGCUCGUAAUGAUUCUGCUCGCCCAAGAAUGUCUCUUUUGAUGCCUACACUUCGGGCUAUGAAUGAAUCACUUGCUCCUCCUGAAGCACACAUUGCCAUGAUGCAGAUAGAUUGUGAGGUCAUUCACACCAGACUUGUGCAUGUGUCAGAAGAGGUGGUUCCACCUCAUUUGAGAGCUGGUGGAAGUAAUGCUUCUCAUCCUGCACCAGACACAACUACCUCACAUCGCCAAGAAAGACGAAAUGCACGUGCUAAAGUUCGCCCUUUCUUUCCAAAAAGUAGUGAACCUUCUAAGUAGUUAAGGAGUAUAAUUUAUAGUUUCAAGCCCUAUAUUGUAGCUAAAGUUUCUUUUUUUUUUUUUUUACCAAAAUAAAGACUGUGAAUUUUUAUGCAAAAUAAAUAAUGAUGAAUCUAUUUCUCAUGUGAUGAAUUACUGUACAAUUAUAUCCAUAUACAUGGGUAUAGGUUGGUGGUAGACCCAGAUGUGAAUAAUCAUACCAUGUUAGUAUUUAUAUGAAAUUUAUUGUAGACAUAUGAAAAUAGUUCAUGUCCUAGUUCUAUUUUUUGAAUUAGAAAUUCUGUGUAAUUCCACAGUUUCAAAGUACCUUCUGCAGCAAAGUAUCUAAUGAUAUGUCACACGAAAUGAGAAAAUCAAGUUAUUAUUAUUUUUGUAGCUAUAAGGUUUUUGUUUACAUAGCAAGUCCAUACACAGUAUAUGGAUGCAGUUUAGUGUUUAAUAACAUAGCACAGGAAUUAAAAGCAGAAAUUAUUUAUUCAGCUUGUAUAUGUUACAGAUUACAAACCUGUAACUUAAAUAAACCAUUACACUUGUCAUAGGCAGUAGUUUGAGUAUACUGGUACAUAAUUGUAUUAAGUAAAGAUGAUGUAGUUAGAGGAUAAUUUGACAUCCAUCAAGCAAAGCUCUGUCUUAUAUGCUAUUACACCUUUUUUUUGUACUCUUAUUUGCUUGGUUGCAGGCAAUAGUCUACUAUAUACUUCUCAUCUGAUUUUAUGUUUAAAUAAAAUUUCAUUCUUUCAUUUUAUAUCCAUUUCCAGAUAAAAUUUCACUUUCAUUAUCCAGUUUUUUCUGUAUUAUCCAUUACGCAAAAUGUAAUCUUGAAUUUAUUAGUGUUUAUCAACAUAAUUACAAUCAGUAUUGAGUGUCUUUAUGUGUAUUUUUCCAUUUUUAAUAUAUGUAGGCACUUAGUAUUUUGUUCUGAAUUGAAAUUUGGAAGUCAAGUUAUUUUUCUGUUACUUUUGUACAUUCCAGUUUUUAUCUAGGGGUCUAAGUAGGAGUAGUGAUAUUUGGAAUUAUGUGUAAAAUUUUUUGGGUCUAAGAUUGCUGGUUCUGCAUAGUAUUUUCCCUCAAGAACCCCAUACUCUUGCAUCUUAAUUACAGAAUGAUCCUGAGGUAAUGUGUGCUUGGAGAGCAAAGGCUGGCUUAAUGUUUGAAGUUCAAGUAUCAAGUGAGGAGAUGGCUUGCUGAACUCCUUAGCACUACCGUGGUAUAUUUCUGACUGAUUUUGUCAUAUAUUGUGUAUUAGUCUUGAUGCAUUUAUGUCAGAGGUACUGAGUGAGGAACUCACUGUAAUUCCUACCAAUAUUGUCAUGAAGCUGGAGAAGGAAGAGGCUAGAUUUUUUUCAGUAGAUUUGCAAUGUCCUGGCAGGCUUACAGUAAGUGGUACUAGGUUUUUAAGUUUGAGGUGCUUGCAAGAGCACAUCUUCAUGGUAAAAACUUGCUGUCAUCCUUGGUAGAUCAUUGAUUCCCUGACAGUGGAUACCAGCAAACUUAGUAAUUAUGGUGUGACAGAGGCUUAUUAUGAUAUUCAUAGGAAUAUCUUCACUUUUGAUGUACAGUCAUCAGGAAGAUUUUCUUAGUCUUGCCUGAUCUGCACUACACAGAGAUAAGGAACCAAACAGAUAUAAAGAAGCAGUCGUCAAAUCUUCCCAGCUUCCAUUCAUACUUUGAUUGUAGAACUUCCAAUACUGAAGAUUAGGAAAAGUUGAAGAGGUAUAUAAACAAUAGGAAAAGUUAAAGAGGUAUAUAAACAAAAGAUACUGUUCAGAAUAUGAGAGCUUGUAUAUAUUAUUGUUGUACGUAAGUACUGCUUUGCUAAUUAUAGUUAGUCAUUUGAUACUUUAUCUAUAGCCUUUGACUUGUGAAAGCACUGUUAUCUACAGCCUUUGACUUGUGAAAGCACUGUAAUAUGUUUGUACAUAUGAAAUGCAGUAGUUGCUGGUAACCUUUUUUGUUUUCAGUUUUACUAAAGUUUAACUUGUAAAUAAUAAAAUGGGCUACUAUUCUCCAUUGUAUAGAAAGAGAAUUUCCUUCUUCAUAGUUUUUUACUUCUAUUAUUCAGAUGUCUAGUUCCAAAGCAGUAUGAUCUCAGAUUGAAUCUGUUUGAUUUUCAAUUUUAUCCCAUGAGUUAAAACUGCAUCUCGAAGGCUGUAUGUAUAAUGUUGUGGAGCUGCACGGAUCUUUACCUUUAAAUUGUACAUAAUAUUUUAUGAGGUGCAAAGUUUGAGAGACAUUGUACAUGUAAUGAGAGUUACAAGGUAAUUGUAAAGUGUUACUCAUUGUUAAUUUUUAACUGUCUCUGAAAUUGGUUUGGUACUGUAAUUAGUGACAUGCCUGUUGCAUGUUCAUAGGAUAGUACAAAAUUAUGUAAAAGGUUAUAUAAAUGCAGUAUUGGAAAGAGUGAAUUUGCAUACUGUAAAUUUUGUUGCUUGAAGUUUUCUAUAUUAUGGUUUAUUUUCUUAAAAAAGUAAGUGUGUUCCAAUAUUGUUUUGUGCAUUGUUAGUAUUCUAAGGUUAAUUUUCAUCAUCAGUAAUUGUCACCUUUACGUUGUAGUAUAUAGUUUGUAUUUAUUUUCAGAUAAUAUUUGUUACCUUUAUACGGCUGUGAUUUUAGUUGUUUUUGUUUUAUGGAGCGGAUGAAUACGUAUAUUUUUGUAUGGAAAAUAGCUCAACCCAUUUUACAUUUAACAUUGCAUGUACAGAUGCUCCCAAAGUUACAAUGUAGUUACAGUUUUAAAAACUUACCAUGAGACAAAAAUGUAAGCAGAAAUUUUAUUUUGAUACAACUAACUUUACAAACACCAUAGCGUAGCCUAUCCUAGCUUACCCUGAAAUGAAAUAUGCAUAGAACUCUUACAUUAGUCUACAGUUUGGUAAAAUCAUCAACACAAAAUCUAUUUUAUGAUAAAGUGUUGAAUAUACAGUAUCAUGUAGUUUAUUGAAAAAGUACUAGAGUGAAAAACAAUUCUUUAGUGAAUACCCACUAUUAACAGCCUAAUCAUCAGUAAGCUGAGCAGCAUACUUUUCUGUGUAUUUUCUUCCAUUUAAGUAACAAAUUAUUUCUGCAUCUCAUUGAUUGGUCCAAUGGAUUUGACCAAUGCUGAAGAUUUCACAGCAUCAAUAAUUUACUACUUAUCCUUGAAGAUGGUCGAGAUCGUUGAUUACACAAAAGCAGCGUGCCUGUGAUAGCCAUCACAGGCAUGCUGCUUUUCUGUAUGGGGAUUAAUCUUCCUUUUCUUCUCACCAGAAGCGAGAAAUAUGCAGACAUGAAUGUAUUAAAACACCACACAGAUACAAGAAGAUAUACAAAUAAAAUAAUAACAUGAAUGCUUAUCAUAUUGUAUGCUCUGACAAUUGUGUGGCAGCCUGGGAGAUGAGGAUUGCGGCUGAUGUCGGGGUACCCAGCCAAAAGAGAAUAUGUAUCAUAUCAAGUAUUGCUUGUUUGGUAUAAAAUCCAAAUUAAGGAUAAUACAGUUUCUGCUGACUGUGUAUCAUCACUAUUGCCAUUGUGAAAUCAAAUUGAAGUGUUUGUAAAACAGAUCAUCGUAACUGGGGAACAUCUGUAUUUAUUUAUCUAGGUUUUGUUUUGACUUGAUUUUCAUUUUCUUAAUGAAAUUAGCAGCAAAUUUUACUGAAUUUUGUUACAAUGAUGUACUCCUAGUCAGGCAUGAUGCUUCUAAAGAGUAUAUCAGAUUGAAGUUUUUUGAGCUUCUUAUUUUUUCCUCUACACUUACAAAAAAUGUGGAAAUUUAUGGAAUGGCACAUUUUUGCUGCAAAGUACAAUUUCAUUUUUAUAGGUUUGUAAUUAACAGUAUUUAUCAGCUCCAUCUUCUCCAUAGAUUGUAAAAAGCAAAGUUGUAAAAGAAUUUUUUGCAAUUUAGUGUAUCCACAGUUUUGUGAAAUAAUUUGUCUUUGAAGGACAUAUAUUGCUAAUGCUGUUGUAAGUCAUAUACUGUAUUGUAAUCUUUUAGAGUGAGGGUGGAUGCUGUUCAAACAUUACUGUUGUAGUAUGUUUUUCAAUAUGUAUAUUGUAUGUAAUGCAAAGGCUUUUGCACUUUUAUAAUUUGAAUGAAAUGAAUUAUAUGAAAAUAAAGAUAUUGAAUACUG